UUGUUUGUGGCUCUUUGUUCGAAUUCGUUUUUUUAGUUCGUGAGAAUUUGAGGCAAUGGUGUGAGAAGGGUCUGAAUUUCCGGGCUAGAUUUGGGGGUUGUGGGUUGGUGUUUUAGGCGUUCUUGUUUUGCUUAGCAUUCUUGAAGUGGUGCUUGAUUUGGUUGAAUGGUAAUGGGUGCCAUCCUCGAGUGACUGGUGGCUAAAAGAAGUGUUCUUGUGGAGUUUGAUGCUAAAUUUGUGGUUGGAAACUGUGGGAAAACAGAACAUUGAAUGGUGGUUCAUCAGACACAUGAUGUAUGUCAACUGACAUGGCAUCAUCUGCAAACACAUUUUGGUCCAAUAUCCAUAAACUACAUCAUAUAUGAAUGGAUUCUCAAUCUCAAAUGGAAAGCUCGGCGCUAAAACUGGCAUGUCUAAUCCUGGAUGUAUAUUUAGAAGUCAUUUGAGCAAACUAUGCUUGCACUCGGGCUUCCAGAUCAGAUGCUUAUCUUCUUUCUCAUGGCAAAGUCCUAAACCUAUGAGAUUUUAGUAACAGCUACUUAGAGACUGUUGCAUGAGAAAGUAAAUAUUGCUGUCCUAUAUCAGCAAGAGUUCUCUAUGGCGGAAAGGAGAAAACGGAGAUCAUUGUGGGAUAUGGAAGAAGAGACCAAACAUUUGUCUGGAGUGAGUGAACAUAAUUCUUGGACCGCUAAGGAUCACCAUUCUAGUCAUGGCAGUGGACGUUAUUAUGAGUAUUCUGAUUCCAGAACCGCUAUCACAGAGAAUUCUAGGGAUGAUUCCAGAUGGCCACCUUGGGAAGCAAUUGAAGAAAACCCGGUUGCACCAAUGAAUGGCAGCUUCAAGAACACCCCGGAAGGAAAGGAAAUGGGUCAUCAGAGAGAAAGAUAUUACAAGAAAAUGUCUCCUGGAUUUGAUAGAAUCGAACUGCAUAAUUAUAACCAUACUCGUGAAUAUGAUCGGAGCCAUUCUCAAAGGUAUCCCGGAAGAGGCAGGGGCAGGAGCCAGAGCAGAAGCAGGACUAGAGGCAGGAGUCGUAGUAGGAGCUUGAGUAGAGACCGCGGAAGGGAAAGGGGAAGGGGAAGGGGCUGGAGCAGAAGCAGGAGCAGGAGCAGGAGCAGGAGCAGAAAUGACAUCAAUGCAAAGGAUCACACAAGGAGUCGGAGUCCCGUUGGAGACUAUAGACGCCAAUCUUAUGGAUGGAAUGACAGAAGAAGUGGCCCUGAAAAAUCAUCUCAAGUUUGUAGAGAUUUUGCUGCUGGAAGUUGCAGAAGAGGCAGUCAUUGCAGGUUUUUGCAUCCCGACAGUAGAAGUCUUAGGGAUGGGGACUUCGUAGAAGAUGACAUGGCAGGAAGUUGGAGAAGCAGAGGAGAUUAUAGCCGCAUACCAAGACAUUCCUACAGUAGAGGUUCCGCGCUUGAAUUACAAAAUGAUGUUUCUGAUCCUUAUCAUGGAGAGGAUGACCAGUUCCCUAGCAAAAGUAGAACUGCACCUCCUUGCAAGGACUUCAUGAGAGGUAAGUGCCGUUGGGAAGACACUUGCAGAUUUUCUCAUCAUGCUGCUUCUGAUGAUGGUUUUCGCCAAGGCACUAGAAAUCCAUCCUUUGACAAGGACAUUGACCGUCGCCAGCCAUACAAAAAUGGGAAACCUCUCUGCAAGUACUUUGUGGCGGGAAAGUGUGAUAGGGAUAAUUGUAGGUUUUCUCAUGAGGAUCAAAAUAACAACCUAGAAGGCAGACAAAGUGAAGUCACUGAGAGCUGCAAUUCACAUGAUAAGAGUAACUGGUGGAAUGGUCCAAAAUGGGAUGAUGCAACAAGAAUCUCUGACAGACCGAAACCCACUGGUUGGGUUGAGACGAAUGUUACUAACACAACUGGUACUGUUGAUACUGGUAAUGGACAAAAUGAUGAGAGAGGGGGCUAUAGUUUGCAGAAUGAGAACAAAACUUGGGGAGUUGUAGAAUGUAAAAGUGGUUCGUUAAAUUGUGAGAAACAACCUUCUCUUCCCAGGGAAUGUGGCAGUUAUGGGGUAGACACAGGCGCUACUGAAUCUGUUGGUAAUGACAAUAUGCAUAACAAACGAAAACACCUCGUAUUGCAUGGUUCACAGUUGCAAAAUCAGGAUGGAAUUGCAGAUGUUCGUGGACAGAAUGCCUUGCCGGAAAGCCAGAUUUUCUCCAUCAAAGCCUUGGAGCAGAAUGUUCAUCCAGCUUCUCAUAUUCAACAGCCCCAUUGCGGAGCAAUAGAAAAUAAUCUGUCUGGUGUUAUUGAUGAGGUAAAGGACACCAGAUAUACCACUCAUCCAAUUCUGUUCUCUGGACAAAGCUUAAAUCAAGAUGGUGGAAGUAUGUUUCCCGGACAUUCUUCAAUCUUGACUGAAGAUCAUAGAGUGCAGAAUGUACUCUGUCCUAACCCAUCAAAUGGAUUUAGUGUUGAUUUGAAUCGGCCUGAGAUACAUAUAGUUGAUCUUUUGAAUGCGCAGACUCAGAUGCAGAACAAUCAGAAAGCUGUUCAUUCACAAGGGUUGUUAGAAGCAAAGGUCCCACAACUUUUAACCAAUUUGUUAACCAGUGAGCACCCUGCUCAAGUUACCAACUCUCUAGUCAGUAAUCUUGGUCGACAGGUUUCUCCAGUGACAGACCCCGUUUCUCUGACUCAGAGAUUGGCAAAUGAGGACUCUCAAACAUAUGAAGACAUGGAAGUCUCUGGUUCAAAGGCGAUGGUGCCUCCAUUUUCAGAUUCCACAGGUCGUGCACCAUUUGUGAACUCUAUUAAUGUUCAACAUAAUCAAAAUGCUGCUGCUCUUAGUCUGUUGAAUUCCAUGGGAAAUGGCAGAGAUGAUACUGAGCACAGCAAUCAUAAUUUAGCACAGGUAACAGAAGAGAGGAAUCAAAUGCGACUAGAACCAUCAUCUCCAUUACCUGUAGUUACAGAAUUUGAUAGUUCAAAAGUGAAGCAUCCAGGAAGCCCAAGGCUGAAGCAAGAGGAAGUAGUCGCGAAUUCAGAAGUAACUGGAGGUAAUAAAACCAUUGGUGAGGAAAGCAAGGGCGUUCAAGAAAAUAAGCACUCUGAAACACUCGGUGGUCAUGGGAAAGUUGAAGAGGGGAAUGCUAACAAGGAUGAAAAGGGGAUGCGUAUAUUUAAAAAUGCUCUUGUGGAGCUUGUGAAGGAGAUUUUGAAGCCUACAUGGAAAGAAGGUCGAAUGAGUAGAGAAGUGCACAAAACUGUUGUGAAAAAGGUGGUUGACAAGGUCUCCAGUACAAUUCAAGUCGAUCACAUCCCAAAGACACAGGAUAAAGCUGAGCAGUAUCUGUCAAACUCCAAACCCAAAAUCUCUAAACUUGUCCAGGCAUACGUGGAGCGGUGUCGAAAGGCAGAUUCUUGAAUCAUGUUACUGGAACCUUCUUAUACUGUACUAUGAUUAGUAUAAAGUGUUUAAACCAGCAUUCAACAUUUUCCGCAUUGCUCGACUUUUUAGAUGCUUUCCAGGGAAGUAUUCCUGGAAUUAUCAUCACUGGACAGUUCUUCUGACUUUUGAGCACAGCAAAUUGCACCUCUUGAUUUCCAUCUUGAAUCACUUCUCCAUAGCUGAAGAACAUGACUUUUUAAUGUUGACAUGCCGUUUACCACAAUUUUUUCUAGUCUUUUGGCUUCUGGGACCGCCUAUUGGAGUGCUUUUACGGGGCGGAAAUUACAAGCGAGAAUUGAGGGACUUUGGUUUCAGUUUUUAGGCAUUAGUGAACAUUAGUAUGUGUUCACUGUUGUAAAGAAAAGCUUCCAGCUCUUUGACAUCCAGAUGGGAGUCAAUCAAUCUAUUCAAUAUAUACAGUUUGUUGUUGCCCAAAUGUACAGUAAACACAACAUUAAAUUGAA